UCACCGCAACCACCCAACAAUUCAUACAAGGGGAAACGCGACAAUCGAGACAUGGAUUAUGUGCAUAUGCCUCACGGAAGUCCCUCUGCGGUACCACAAUUCCACCUGUGGAGCCUCGCGUUCUGUGGUGUCUGUAGUUUGGGCGAAGCGCCAAUGCAUCUGUAGCGAUUCCUUGUAGCCGUUGUCUUCGAAUAUUAAGCUUGUAAUUAUGUUGGGAGGAAAGAAGGAGGUCGAUGUGCAGGACACCAAUUCUCUGGAGAUCGACGAGUUGGCUAAUUUUGCUGUUUCGGAGCAUAACGCCCGCCAGAAUAGUUUAGAGAAGAUGAAUUUCUCCAAGGUGGUGUCCUGCCAUAAGCAGGUGGUAUCAGGCCUAAUGUACCACUUUGUGAUCGAGGUUGAGGAGGGCAGUCAGCUCAAGCAGUAUGAGGCCAAGGUGUGGGUAAAACCAGGGGGCUCCUCCAGGAAAUUGGAAGAAUUCAAAUCCGUAGAUGGUGGGUUAACAUCCGCUGACACGGGUGUCAAGACCGAAGAGAUAUGUCACAAUGCAGGGGUACCCCUUACGAAAGUCUCUCAGCAUAGCUGCGUACCUGUCGGUAAGCAGAUUGUGCCAACCGAAGCCCCGAUUGUGCAGGAGGCAGCUGAACAUGCUAUUAAAAUGUUGCAGCAGGGCUCAAACUCUCUUUCUUCUUACGAGCUUAGGGAAAUCGUGUCUGCAGAAGCUCAGCUUAAGGAGGGGUCUGCCGUCUUUGAUUUGCUCCUGAAGACAAAACGAGGUUCCAAGGAGGAAAACUUCAAAUCGGAGGUACACCGUGCUGAAGAUGGAUCAUGGUCUGUGAAGCAUGCUACGCUGGAGUGAAAACAGACGUCCUGGGAUUCAUCGGUUGGAGUGCGAGGGUUUCUGCCCGAAUUUGUUUUUAGGUUAUUAUCAUAAUUUAAAAGAUCAAAAUGAGCUGUCAAAAGCAUCUAACUUGAAGGAUUUUGUUUCAUCAUGAAAAUGGAAUGUAAACGUGAAAAGAUGGAUAUUAUUAUUUUUAACGAA